AUGUCCAAGAUAGAGCCAAACAACCAAACCCCCCUGAAAGAGGCCAGAAAAGGAGGUCUGGUGGCUGGGUGGUGGUCUGGUGGUCAAUGGGUGGCGGCUGGGUGGCGCCUCAGUGGCUGGGCGGUGGUCGGUGGCGGUCCAGGCAGAGUAGUGUGGGCUACUGAUGGCGGCCAGGAGCAGAGCGAUGGCGGGGUGGCAUGGGCUGCACAAGCGAGUAGGGGGCCGGGGGCUGUAGGUGGCGACGGUGGUGCAGGUCCACCGGAGGGUGCCGGGCGGGGGGGGCUGCAGGGAGAUGCUGCGGGAGCUGCUGUCGGAGGGGGCCGAAUGGUAGGGGGCCAGAGGCUAGUGCCAGUCAGGGGCUGGGUUGGUGAUGGCAAGGGCUGA